GUCUCAUAAUUAUCAUCACCUUUUAUUUAUACCAACACAGUCCCACUUCAUAUAUUUUCCACUGUUUCUAAUCUUAGAACAUUGUUAACAAAUUAAACCAGCUAGAACAGAAAGAAAAUCCCAGAAAUAUUUGUGUUUUCAAUACAAAAUGGCUAGAGUAGGAGGCAUUGUUGUUUGUCUCCUAAUUGUUAUCAUGGAUAUUGCAGCUGGUAUUCUUGGCUUUGAGGCUGAAAUAGCACAAAACAAGGUUAAGCAUUUGAAGGUGUGGAUAUUUGAGUGUAGAGAACCAAGUCAUGAUGCAUUCAUGUUGGGGUUGGGUGCAGCAGUGUUAUUGGGACUAUCACAUGUUAUAGCCAAUUUGUUAGGUGGUUGCAACUGUGUUUGUUCACAACAAGAAUUUGAGAAGGCUUCCUCCCAUAGACAACUCUCUGUGGUUUGCCUUAUUUUAACCUGGGUUGUGGUGGCUGUUGGAUUGUCCAUGCUGGUAAUAGGGGCAAUGUCAAACAACAGGUCAAAGGAUUCUUGUGGUUUCUCACACCAUCACUUUCUGUCCAUUGGUGGGAUGUCUUGUUUUGUUCAUGGUCUCUUCUCUGUUAUAUAUUACAUUGUUACCACUGCCUCCAUGGAUUAGUAUUUUGUAAGAUGAUAACAACUAGAAUUCAGUUGUUCAUGUUUUUAGUGCUUUUGGAGUGUGACUUGCAAUAUUGUAGUGUUAGAUAAUAUGUUAAUGGAAUUUUUGUAAUA